AUUUUCUUAAUUCUUAAUGUUGUUUUUAUUUUUAUAGUGGAUGAAAUGAAACAACUAGCAGAAGCAUUAAUGCAGUGUAAAUCAUUCAAAGAGCGACAAGAACGUCUGAGUGAAUCUCUCGAUCAUCUGUCAUUUAACUAUCCUGAUCUAUACAUAAUGUUGUACAGAGAGAUGAAAAAAAGAGAACUACAUUCUAAUGAUCCAAGUAAAAUUACUAAAUGGUUAAAUAAUCCAACAUCAAAAUCAUUUGUAAAACUUCAUGAAGCAUUGAUGUUGGUAAAAAAUAACAACAUAAUGGCCAAAGAGGAGUAUAUGUACAAUUUAAGACUUAUGCUAAACGAAACAAUUGAAAAUGGUACCAACAUUGAGAUAGCAGUGAAAAUAUGUCAUUUGAUUGAAAAAUCACCAAACUUAACCAUCAUUCACGAGAAUUUGAAACAUCUAAUUCUCCAAGUAAAUCAACUGAACAACAGUCAACGCCACAUGCCAUCAGAAACCUCGACAGGAAACUUUUGGCCAAAUUAUUUUAGACCACCACAAAUUGAUCCUUUUCAACAAUUUAAUAUUCGGCCUGCUCAACAGCUGAAUACCCCUGUUUGGCCAAACAUUCUGCAACCGACAAAUUUAAUAUCAGCUCCAGGUCAACCACACUUUAGAAUGGAAUGUUUUGGCUACAACCAUCUGGAAAUGAUUGCAAAAACCAACACGGCUACUUUGGGAGACCCACAGUCACUAAACGACCUGACAAUUCUUAAUCAAGAAAUGGAUGGAGCGGUUGCUAAGUGGCUUCACUACUUGAAACUACAUAAAUACCAAUGGUUCUUCAAUAGCCUCAGUUAUCUCGAAAUUGAAUUCAUUGACGAGGACAAUAUUGAAGAUUUCAUAGCUAAAGUUAACAAAAAUACCAUCACAAAAGGUGCACAAAAAAAGAUAUGCUUAUCAACAAAAGCUUUGAGGGAUCGGUCACAAAAGUUAAACAACUUAUUAUUGGCUUUGGAUUUGGAAGUGACUCCAAAUGAACUGUGUGAAUUCAUGUCAUACAUGCGCGACAUAUUGCAUUAUCCCAUACCGAACAAGAAUUGUGUGGUUGGUGAUCAACUUCAACAAGACAUAGUCCUUGUCAUGGAGAAACUGCUAAAUCAAUUGCUAGAAAAACUUGGCAAGAUUCGUUCUUUAGUCGCCCAGAGUCUACUUGGAAUGUCUAUUAAUAAAUACUUGGAAUGCACCUUAUUAAUAAUCGGUAAUCAAACAUUCAUGAAACAACAAAUUGUCCAAUCGUUGAUGUUUGCCGAAACAUUAAAAUAUAGAGUCCAUAGAAUUCCUAGAAACUUUAACUAAUGUCUUAUUAUUGUUCAAUUGAAAUUUCAUAUUACAUAUGCACUUUUUAGUCUUAUUUGUGACUGAUGCCUACCUGAUUUAUUUUAACAUAAUUGUUUUUAUUUUUAUCUAUAAUUUAUAUAUAAUUGUUUACUAUCUUAAUUUUUAAUAUUUUUAUAUAGAUGCAUGUUGUAUUCAAUUGUUAGUAUUCACAAUAUUGUUUUUAACUUAAUAAUUUGGUACUUUAAACACUAGAAUAAUAUUUAUUACCAGCAUAAUUUUAUAAUUUGAAAAACAUUUUUUUCUAAUAAGUACUAUCUUACGUAACCAAAAGACUUAGAUUUAUUUAUAAUUUUUAUUGUUUUGUGUUAAUUAUAUUUAAAAUCUAUUAUGGUUGAGUUUUUUUGA